UUCUUCGAAAUUCAUAUGUCGUUUUCGCUUCUUCCAUACUUCGCAGGGGACAUGUGAACCACGUGGUGACGAGUUUUUCGACAUCUUUUGCGGCUAACCGUUUAUGGAAUCUAUCAAAUUUUAUUUAUUUUACAGUGAUGGGGUUAUUUUCGAACAUCUCGAUGACCAUGGUAUUUUUACUAUUGCUCAAUAUCAAUGAUGCUUAUAGAAUCAGCAACAGACGAUCUUUAUAUCGAGAACACGGAAAUAGAAUAAAUCAAAAUGGUUUGAAGUACAUGAAAGAGCAUGAAUGGUUUGGCGAAAAAAGACAUUCUCAAAUACUCAGAGAUGCUUUGAGUUUGUUUCGAAAAAGGAGAGUCACUGUCGAUUUUAACCAUACUUGGCCAAUAAAGAGAGUGGCCGAAAUAGAGGGAGAUAUAAUCCUUGGUGGUCUCAUGAUGAUACAUGAGAGAGAAGAUCAUAGAAUAUGCGGGCCAAUAAUGCCCCAAGGAGGUAUACAAGCUUUGGAAUGCAUGUUGUAUACGAUGGAUUGGAUAAAUAAUAAAAAAGAUUUUUUACCUGGUAUAAAACUGGGUGCUUAUGUAUUAGACGAUUGUGAUAAGGACACUUAUGGAUUAGAACAAGCUGUUGAUUUUAUAAAGGGUUCCAUCAGCAAUAUUGACGAUGGAACAUACAGAUGUCCAGAUGGAUCAUCCCCCUCGAUUCGGCACCAAAGGAUAUCUGGAGUUCUCGGCGCAGCUUCAAGUGUUACUUCAAUUCAAGUGGCAAAUCUCUUGCGACUUUUUAAAAUACCUCAGGUCAGCUUUUUUUCCACAAGUCCCGAACUAAGUAACAAGCAAAGAUUUGAAUAUUUUUUGCGAACUGUGCCAUCUGAUACAAAUCAAGCUGAUGCAAUGGUGCAAAUUAUUCGGAGAUUGAACUGGACUUAUAUAUCAAUACUUUACGAAGAAUCUAACUAUGGGAUACAGGCUUUCACAGUAUUAGAAGAGUUGCUAUCUAAGAGUGAGAUAUGCAUUGCUGUUAAAGAAAGACUCACAAAGGACUCGGGAGUUGCUGGUGACUCAUAUUACGAUAACAUCGUUCAUAAGUUAAUGGCCAAGCCUAGUGCAAGAGGUGUAAUUAUCUUUGGAUCAGAUCAGGAGGUUGCUGGUGUCAUGAGAGCUAUUGGACGCAACAAUUGUACUGGUCAGUUUUCAUGGAUUGGAAGCGAUGGGUGGAGUGCACGUGCAUUGGUAUUUGAUGGGAACGAACGCGAAGUCGAAGGCACCAUUUCUGUCCAGCCACGAGCGCAUCCAGUAGUUGGAUUUGAUGAAUACUUUCAACGACUUACUGUGAGUAACAAUGAAAGAAAUCCGUGGUUUACUGAAUUCUGGGAGCAUUUCUUCAAUUGUAAGUGGCCAGGGAGUGUAAUAACACCCUACAACAUAUUCACGAGUGUGUGCACAGGUAACGAAACUAUUACCCAAGGCAAUGGAUACGAAGCUGAAAGGCAACUGCAGUUUGUUAGUGACUCAGUUAUGGCUUUUGCAUAUGCCCUGAAAACUAUGCAUGCUGACUUGUGUGGUGGAAUUCCAGGUUUGUGUGCAAAAAUGGAUCCCAUUGAUGGAGUUUUACUUCGCAAUUUUCUGAAAAAUGUAUCGUUUCGAGGACUCAGCGGAGAUGAAUUUCAUUUCUCUGAAAAUGGAGAUGGACCAGCACGUUAUAACAUAAUUCAUUUCAAGCAAAUAUCACCCGGGAAUUACAAAUGGGUAAGAGUAGGAGAGUACUCUGAUGGUGAACUAAGAUUGAAUCUUUCAAGCAUUCGAUUCAGGAGAGAAGAGCCCAUCAUGCCAAUAUCUGUCUGCAGUCUCCCUUGUGGAAUAGGUCAAGCAAAGAAAUACGUCGAAGGUGGAAAGUGCUGCUGGCAUUGCUUCAAUUGUACAAAGUACCAGAUUCUCAAACAGGAAACAAACUGUGAGGACUGCCCAGAAGGUGAGCUGCCAAAUUCGGCUCACACACUCUGUGUGAGUAUACCACCGCAGUAUAUGCGACUGGACAGUUACUGGGCCAUCGGCAUAAUGUCCUUUUCUUCAAUUGGCAUUAUUCUGACCUCAUUUGUGGUCAUUGUAUUCAUAAAACACAACGACACACCAGUCGUUAAAGCUUCUGGGAAAGAGUUGAGUUAUGUGUUACUCACGGGAAUAUUUCUUUGCUAUGCUAUAACAUUUUUAUUGGUGCAAAAACCAUCGGACUAUAAAUGCGGUGCGCAGAAAAUGGGAAUAGGUUUAUGCUUCACGAUCGUUUAUAGUGCUAUUCUCACAAAAACAAACAGAAUUAACCGGAUUUUUAGAUCUGGUGCGAAAAGUACGAAGAGACCAAGUUUCAUUAGCCCGAAAUCACAACUUGUUAUUUGUAGCCUUCUAGUGUCCGUGCAGGUUAUUUUAUCUACUAUUUGGAUGGGUUUUAGCCCACCGAAAGCAAUUAAAUAUCACCCCACUCAAGAUGAGAGUCAUCUAGUGUGUGCAGCUUCUAUAGAUGCCACAUACAUGAUUGCGUUCGUAUAUCCGAUGAUUCUUAUCAUUAUUUGUACAAUAUAUGCUAUCCUCACAAGAAAAAUACCUGAAGCAUUCAAUGAAUCCAAGUUCAUUGGAUUCACGAUGUAUACCACUUGCAUAGUGUGGUUAGCAUUUAUUCCUUUGUACUUUACAACCACUGGUCAUGACGAGAUUAACGUGUUCACCAUGUCAGUGACUGUCAGUUUGAGUGCCACAGUGACUUUAUUUUGUCUUUUUACACCUAAGCUUUAUAUAAUAUUGCUGCAUCCAGAGAAAAAUGUGAGGCAAUCAUUGAUGAAUCCAAGCAAGCACUCUGGAAGUGAUAGUAAUAAAGUAGUUUCGAAUAAAGUGGAACGCACAACCAUAUCCGAAGGUUCCUUGGAUGCCAAUGACUUAAACAGCAAGCUCAGCAACGACUCCACGCCACUUAAGAAAUUCAUAAAUAGUGGAACACAAACAUCAAAUGAAAAUAUAAUUACAUGCAUGCCUAGGUGCAUUAGUUGUACUAUAAUAAGCAAUAUCAAGAAAGACGUUUCUACUGCAAUUCUUUAAUUGUUUCAUUGAUCAAUACCCCUCUCAAGAAUUCAAAACAUUGAAAACCGAAGCUAGUAACUUAACUUGCUAAAACCAACGUCAUUCGUAAAGAUUUAAAAGCAACAAUCAAUCGUUGCAAAUGCCAGAGAAUGCUCAAUUCCCUCCGCAUUUAAUUUCUUUUUACCUCGAAACAAAUAAUGUAUGCAAACAAUUUUCCCCAAGUUAAAAAUAAUAAAUGAAUGAAUUCCUCUAAGCUUCUAGCCCUAAAGAUCCUAUUCAUGACAAAAGCAGCAAUGCGGGUGUUCGUCAAAUUUCCGGAUAACAUGAGCUUUAUAUAAGUUGUUACCUACGUUCAUUCAAAACUUCCCAGAGGGUCUCAGCACUGAUCCUCUUACUAGUCCAACGUAACGCACAUGAACUGCGCAGUGGUGGUAAAUUAGAACGAUGUCACUACACUCAGGCUACUAAGUUGUGCAGUAGGGAGCAUUGCAAAAGAUGCCAUAACGUUUGGACUGUUAAAAGAUCAAAUUUCUUGUUUAUGGUAAUCCGUGUUGAAUUCUUCUCUCUUCUAGGAGGUAUUGGUUCGACACAAAACAAACGAUCACCAUUGGAUUCAUAGCUUUUUCGCUUUAUACCGUUGUAUUGCUGUUUUUUUUAAAUUUCAAUCCAAGAGACUUGGAAAAAACUCCUGAUCAAGUGUUGGGACAAACUAAUCCUUAAUGAAAAGAAGAAUAACCAUGAAAAUCUCUUUCUGUUUGUCAGAAGGAUUAAACUCAAGAAGUAUCUAACAUUUGAUAUAUUUCAUAUUAGAAGCGGACGUUACAAGCAGUGUGUAGUAUAUAAAUACACCAGCCAUCAUCGGGAUUCGAACCUGAGUGACCCAUUUCGAGUAGGCUUUCUUUAAAUGCAAACAAAAUCUUAAACUUUAUCUUGAACGCAAGAGAUGUGCGCAAAUAUAGAACUGCUUUCAUCUCUCAAUGUAAUCUAAAGCUCGAAUCAUCGAUUUGAAUUUUCUUCUUUUAUAAUCUUUAAACUGCGUUCUUCUCGCAUUCAACUGGAUUUCUGGGAAUCAGUUCACAUUAUUAAAAAUUGAUAAUAAAGUAAUAAUGAUUUUUUUCAGUGUCUUUUGUUUUUUCCAAAUGUAUGAACAUUUUAUUUUUUUCCCCUUUUUAAACUUUUAUUUCCAUGAGAUUGCAUCUGCGUCACUCCGCGCGUCCAUCUGUUGUCUACAACUAGGUGUUCUGAGAUUGUAACUUUUAUUCAAAGAUCAAUUUUUCUGACACCCUAAAUUACUUUUUCACAAAUUGAUUCUGUGUUAUUUUUGUAAUUCUUAUCAUUCUUUUUCUCGGCAAUGAUUAUAUCAGUAGCUACAGUACUGAAACAUGUUUUUUUUUCUCUCUAUUUAUGAUUAGAUAACGUUGCAA